GUUCUGAGAAACGGCGCUAUGUGCGCUCCUCACUGACGGUUCUGCCAAUCUCCGGCACACGCUCUGAUCGAUCGCCGGUAUAUGAACAAAGGUCCGAAGCAGCAUCAGACAGUAGAGCAGUUGGAGUCAAGCUCCGCCAGGGCGACACGAUCUUGGUCAUUUCUCACGGAGGAGGCUAUACACAGAAUCGCGUUACGACAUCGAAUCCGUAGACUCCGGUAGCGGUAUUGGUAAAGUGGUCGGAAACUGACUUGGCAUUUUUCGAAAUCCAGGGAGAGUUCUCGGCCUAUUCAGAGUCCGUUGCCAGCUACGUAUAGCUCAUCAAAAGCUUGUCGGAAAGAAUCCAUUGUUUACACCAAAGGUGACCGAACGAUUGCCCAGGAAACAUCAGAAGUGAACACGACUUUCUGCUUGAAAGAGCGAGGUGACAGGGCCGUCUAAUUUGAAUCAACCUGAUGCAGAACGCGUAGGAAAAAACAACCUCCCCGCAUACUGAUCAUAUUAUCGAAGCAGCUUCUUUCUACCCUGAGGCAAAUGGGAAUGUCACUACCUUUGAAGGGAUUUCUUUCGCUAUGCGCUCAGACAGCGUACGACCAGAGGCCUGCUGUUGAGAAGCUGCAUGCCAUUGCAUCCUCUGCGUAGAAUACUAAUGUCUUCUGGUCUGUCGAGAAACUUGUCAGAUUGGACAAGGCGAAGGAAUAAGCACUAAGUUGACGAGUGGUCCAUUGAUCUAUGCCGUGGUGUUAUUACAGUCCGCAGACUAAUCGCAUCCAAAGACCGGUGCUAGUGUACUUUCCUGUGUCUGUAAUCAGUGGUAAGGACCGUUAGUUACCAUUGCCUAUCAUCAGAUGGUAGCGGCAGCAACACAUGACUGUACCCAAUUUAGCAACGCCAAAAAGAAUUGACUCCAUAGCCUUAUGCCUCGGGGACUUCGCCCUGACAUUGUAAUUUUCAACAUCAGUGUCACCAGGUUCACAAAAAUCGACGCGGACCGCACAUCUAUAGACCUGCAUUGUCUCCGUGUAAAUUAGUUAAAUAAACGUUAGCUUUGCGAAAUAACCCGGCAUAGGAAUUAUCGCAUCUGUGUAUUAGACAAGAUCAAAGUGACAGUGGAUGCGUGGGCGUAGCUUCUGCUGCUUCUUUGGGGAGAUAGCGGUAUAUGAGAUGAUUACUUGGCGGCGAGUGAAGACCCUCAAUCGUAGCAAUUCGUUUAGCCCUGUGUAGUGUCAUUGAUAAUAGCCGCUGAUAGAUAAAAAUCACAGGUCAUUAGAACGCUUAUCUUUUCAUACAGUAUCGUCGCGGGAAGCGAGGGUGGACGACGCCAAUGUCAUACGUCAUCAGAAGGCACUUUCUAAUCAGUCAAAUUGGCGCUGGAAGUUUCAGAAGAAGUGCUGGCGUCAGUGUAUUUCUGGCGUCUGGACUCGAGCGCCUUGCUCUUAGCUCGUUCGUUGCGCAUCGAGCCUUUGUUUUGUCUGCCCCCUGGAACGCCUCCUCGGCGGAAGACUCCGCAGCCGGAUCUGAUGUUCGAACCGUUCGCUUAAAAGCGUUCAUUUCCGAUGGAGCAUGAGAGGAGUUAAGGUAUUGUCAUUUACAACGUGACGCGCUCAAAGAACUAAUGGAAUACACCCACAGUUUAAUCCCUCGCGACGUGAAUGUACUUGCCAUGCAAACUGAGUUCCAUUUCCAUCACAUUUAUUGACACUCACAGUGCCUUUACCGAUACAUUUAACUAACGUUUACGCUAAGUAGCAGUAUCUAUAACGAUAAUUAUUGUAAGAUACGUUACUGCAAACUAUUCUGUCCAUGUUACUGAUAACUGAUAGGUUGGAAUGUGGUUUAUUGCAGAUUGAUUAACUAUUGUCAACUGGCGCAGGAAGAUUGCAAUAUGUGGUGUCAAUAGUCACCCAGAGGACAAGAUAAGACACAGCAAUCACUUGAAGAGAUAUCUACUAUCAGUUAGUCAUAUGCAAGUCGAGACAUCCCUAGGGAUUCAACUAACUGAGCUGUAGCGUUGAAUUGAUUCGCAACCCGGAUGAAAACGGUGGUGGCAUAUUAUCAUAACGCAAGGUGUUGAGCAUAUCAUUAUUCUCAGCACAUUUCAUCAAAUUGUUUACAUUUGUUGUCAUUUCUCAGAUAAACCUCUCGCUGUCUGGUCAACAACUCAUACCGUCCACAAAUCGCCUCUCCUUAGGAACGCAUUUGAAUAAAGGCACGCAGCUAUUUAUACGAAAUAGCACGAGCGAACGAAAAAAGCAACACACUCUGGAAGGCAAGUAUUUGCCGUGGAUAUAAAAUUGUGUUUAUACUGUGGAUUCGUGGAAAUAAAGCGUGCUUGGCGUAGAAAAAGGAGAAUAAUUUAAGAGACGUACAUACAUAAUCAACGUGAUUGCCAGAAUAUAUUCUGGUCACAUCCAAGUGCGGUUGUCUCCUGUCGUUGACCGAUCCACUUACUUACUGGGGGAGCUUGCCAAGAUUGGAACCAGUCGGCCGAGGAAUCUCUGCAAAUAACUUAAUUAAUCGCUUUGGUCGUACAGCAGCAGGGAAAUACUCUCCGAUUCCAUUGGUGAUCUUCGCUUUGGCUAUUACUGGAUCCGAGUGCCUGUUUGCGAAAGACUUGAAGAUUUGUUCAGUGCUUAUCGAAUUACACGCCGUAAUUGUGGUGAAUUUGUCUCCGCUGUGUGCUGAGGCGAAUGCGCUAUCACUAUGGAGCCGCAGGGAGAUGAGCAGCGAUAUCGCCUUGUGGUUCUUGGUUCAGGAGGAACUGGGAAAAGUUCAAUCAUCUUGCGAUUUCUCCACGGAACAUUCUCCGACAAGUAUAAACAGACAGUAGAAGAUCUUUAUUGUCGGCAGUAUGACUAUAAUGGUAUGAUGAUAAAGGUCGACAUACUAGAUACCGCUGGUGACUUCUCUUUCCCGGCAAUGCGCAGACUUUCUAUUUCAACAGCUAGCGCGUUUGUCUUAGUGUUUUCGAUGGACUCAAUGGUCUCUUUUAACGAGGUACAGCAACUACGAGAACAGAUUAAGGAACAGCGAACAGCUUACCAAGACAUUCCGUGUAUAAUUGUGGCAAAUAAAACCGAUGUUGAUGAGAAUCAUCGGGAGGUUUCAUCCGAUGACAUCUUGGACUGGUUAGAUCGCGAAGAUCUGCAAGACAAUUUUGUUGAGGCAUCGGCGAAGUACGAUGACGGAAUAAUCGAAGCGUUUCAAAAUUUAUGGGAACAGGCAAAAAUGAACCUUUUGCCAGAGAUCAAGCCGCCCGUCUCGCGUAAGAGACGCGUGAGCGCGUUUGCGAUCCUUGGACAGUUACCCGGGACGGAAAAGUUCAAACAGGAUGAUAAUUCACGACUGUCUCGCAGUAAGAGUUUGAUGAGGCGGGGCAGUAAAUCUAAGGUCAAGCCUGGUUGUGAAGAGAUGGAACGCCUCGAUUGCGUCAUUUCCUGAUUGCCUACGUCACAACCGUAGUGUAAAUAAUAUGGUGGCGGUGUGUUCGAUUUAAAGUCAUGGCAAGGUUGUUCGGCUCAACUGUUUAACACUUUCAGGAUUGACGGCAUUUUAAAAAUCUUUUGGAAGAAUAGUAAUUGCAUCAUUUUUAAAAUCGAAUAAUCAACGUCAUUAUAAUUUUUUAACAAGAAAGUAACAGAUACAUGUAGUAGGACAUCUGUCUUAAAUUCCACGCAAUUCGCUCCUACUAAAUAUUUGAGUUUUAUUAUUUUUGUCAACAAUGCGUUUGAUUUUUAAAUCAUUUUGUUUAUAACCAAACUGGUCGUCAGUCUUAAAAGGACAAAAUAAUUUCUUACUUGGUUUGUGAAUUCUUAGUACAUUAUGCAGACUGCUAUAACGUUAUAGAGCAAUAGUGCACACCAUAGGCUAUGCAUUAGCAACAUUGAUAAUUAGUUUUAAAUAUGUUUAAUUGAUAUCUUCUCAAAUGGGUACAGUCGCCAGACCCGGUGACAACAUUUUGGUUUCUUUUUCAUAAUUGUCACUUCAUUUCAAUUGUUUCUCUUGGUCAUUGGACCGACAAACUUGCAUAAGCUUAUUACAUGUAGAUAUUUUCAGUCACUCGUGUUUUCCGUCAUCACAUCUUGUGCAUAUAUAGCGAUAUUAUGGAUAAAAUUUCACUUGACCGUUCCGAACAACCUGGUUUACCAAACAAUGCAGCUGCAAUUCGAUUUCGGGUGUGAUGGUUUCAGCGUUAAUGUUGAGAAAUCCUACAGUGUUGCCACCUUCAAAUCAUCCUUCGAAUUGUCGGAUGGAACAGGAGCACUGCUGCGAUGCAUGAAGAUACCUGCCGUUUAUUCACCACUUCUUCGAGAAGCUUCUUUCAAGACUCCCUGUCACAUUUUGACCAAUCAGAAGCUCUUCAUCCCGAUUGACCAGUGUUGUCUUCAAGAUUAAGCCAAUCACGAUGCAGUAUUGUAUUAACAUCUAGCCUAUGUAAUACUCGUAGGUCUAAUUUUGGUGCAUCUAUGAGUGAGUGUAACUAACUAUUAUAUUGAAAGGUGAACAAACAGUUUUAACAGUUUUAAGUUAAUAUUAAUAGAAAUACACAACAAAAGGUUGCACUGCAGAAAAAGCGGUAUUUGCCAUUUUUUGUGAUGUGUCCUCAAUAUGUAUAUUAGUGGCGGGUGACAAAGAGGAGACGUUUCACGUCAUUGUCCGAUGAUUGUAAGCGAAUAUCGUCUUUAAGCGUGAAAAUAUCUUCACAAUUAAAAAUUAGUAAGCAUUCUAAUGUGGGUGAGCACUAUCGGAUAUUAUGGUUACUUCUAAAAUAUUAUAUAGUCAGUCCAUCUUUAAGUUGUUUGUUAUUCAUACUGUCCCACUGAUGCCCGAUCGCAUAGGAAUGUAAUGCACUGUGUUUGUACAUAAUACAUUCAUGAAACGGUCGUGGUUGUUUGUAAAUAGUGUAUCAAGCAUGUAGGCUGCCGUUUACUUUGGCCAACCAUUUAUUGUUAAGACUUUUCUCAUGCAACUUCUGUCCAUAGGGUUCACUGUAUCAGGCCACAGACAAAUGGGUCACUAACAUAAAGAGAUGUAAGAUACUUUGUAAAAUAUCUAAAAUAAAUCGAACAUUA